GGAGCACCUCGAGUUGAUCGAAAAAUGGAAGACGAGAGAUCUCGAAGAAUCCGCGAAGAAGAAGACUGAAGACAUUGGAGAGAGCAGCAGAAGCGGCGUAGUUAAGAAGUCCAAAGGGAAAUCAAGUUCUAGCUCCAGAGACGGCGAGCAUAACCUCAAGGCUUGGAUGGCGAGUAAUUUCGGCGUAUCAUUGAAGAGGAUCGCUGAGAAAUUUGGAGUCAUCGAUAACAAGACCAAGGACGUGGAUGCGCAGAGAGAGAAGCCUGUGAAGAAAAUUGCGGAAUUCGAAUGCAGAGCUAAGAAAGGGGAAGGGAGUAGUAGUGAGAAGAGGAAAAGAGUGAUGGGAGCGAACUCACCUGCUGCCGAACUCCAGAAGCGGAAAUCACGAUCAAGGAGCGGAGGCGCGAAGACCAGGCAACCACGGAUUCCAAUGUCAUCCGAUGAUGAAGAAGAAGACAAGAAGGCGCAAAACGCCAUGAUUCAAGGGGAAACAAUAGUACCCAGAGGUGCGGCUGGGGAUGAUGGUGGUGUGAAACUCGAUGACAUCAUGGCGCUACUCGCUUAUAGAGAAGAGCAAAGGAAUCCGGAGCGAGAAAUCCAAGGAGCAUUCAGAGAAGUAUAGCGCGAUCCUGACCAAUGAAACACACAAGGAUGA